UAAAAUUUCAACUUUGGCUAGUAUUUACACAGCAGAAGCAAAAGCUAUAUUUUUAGCAUUAGAAUACAUAGAAAAACAGGUACUAUAUUCGAAAUGGAUUAUAAUUACAGAUAGUAUGAGUGUUCUUAUGGCAUUAAAAAAUAACACAAUCAUUUCAUCAUCAAACUACUUAAUUCAAGAAAUUCGUAAUAAAUAUUAUCAUCUCUGUACUAUAUAUGGAAAAGAUAUUAUCUUCAUCUGGACCCCUUCACAUAUUGGAGUGUUUGGGAAUGAACAAGUAGACACUUUGGCUAAAAUUAUUAAUUCAAGUGCUGCUCGUGUUCAAGAUUUACCCCUUUGUUACUCAGAUUGUAGUAUUGGAAUACAUAAAAUCGUUACAACUAAAUGGGAGGAGCAUUGGACUCAAAUAUUACAGACUAAAGGCAAAUGGUACCGCAAAAUUAAUUGGCGUAUUGGAAAACCGUGGUUCUGCAAAGGAAAGGACACAAACAGAAAAUUUUACACCAAUAUUUGUAGAUUACGAAUCGGCCACGGACAUUUCAACGAACACCUGCACCGAAUGGGCAUGAUCGCUUCCCCAUCAUGCACAUGGUGUAACUCAAAUACAGCCCAAUCUCUACAUCACCUUUUUUUUGAUUGCUCUGAAUUUGUCAUUCAAAGACACAUUAUGUUUGACGAACUUAGGAUUAUCUUCAAAAAACCCGAAAAUAUCCCGCACUCAAUCCCGCUUCUCUUAAGAUUUCCUUCUUGUUUCAAAGCUAUUUUCACUUAUAUUACUACAACAUUCAAGGAGCUAUAAGAAUACUUUUAUUGAAUUGCAAGACAAUGAUUUUUUAUAAUUAUUUAUUUUUAAUUUGAUAAAUCCACUGGUUUAAGAAAACUCAAGAAAAGAUAUUUAUGAAAAUGUACUUACCGGAUUUGACAAAUGAAAUAUUGAAGAUUAUGACAAUAAUUGAAGCGACAUUAGAAAAAUAAAAUUCCAGACAAAUUAUCUCUUUGAAGACUAGGCAGCAUGGUCUCCGACCUUAGCCUGUUCCAAACGGAACAAACGUACUAAAAAACAAAAAAAAAAAAAAGCUUUCGAUCGCCAUUUUUUGUUUGGGUCGAUGCUAAGCAGUAAUUCGUAAAUAAUAUGAAAAUAAUUAGAAAAUAUUACUUAAAAUAUAAAAGUUGAGUGUUUGUGUAAUUUAGAAAAUGAGUGUUACGAAAAAUAACGGACCUAUAAUAGAUCCAGCUAUAUGUAGGUGCUGUAGAACAAUAAAAAAAUGUAGAAUACUUACUGCAGAAUAUACAUGGAUGGAUAAAAAAGAAGUUUAUGCUGACAUGGUGAUGGAUUGUUUCGGUAUUCUGUUGUCCCACGUGGACGACAAUGAGAAGGACAGCGGCGUGUGUGCGACAUGCGUGGUCAGGCUGCGGGACGCGUGCGCCUUCAGGCACCAGGUGCUGCAAUGCGAGGAGCUCUUCUUGCACGCCAAGCUCGAGGACAAGGAGACCGACGAAAUAAAGAAAACCGUCGACAUAGAGUUGAAAGCGGAACCCAAGGACGACGUGAGCGACCACAACUCGAUCGGAGCCGACCACGACGACGGAUUGUCACUGGACUACUCUGCUGACGACCAGCCGCUGGAUGACGUAAAACUACCGAAAAAAGAGGAAAAUGAGAAACUCGACUCCUUACCUUUGCAAGAUCUGAUUACAAAGUUGGACGCUGCCGUGGACAGCGACAGUUACUCCUCAUCCGACUCCGACAAGCCGAUCAAGAGGAAAAAAAGCAAGAAAAAGAAGACAGCAAACGGUACACAGAAGAAGAAGAAAUCAUUAAAAACGAAGCAGAAAGCAGGUACAUCAUCCAAAAAAGCAUCGAAAAGUCCAAAAAAACCACCGGUUGAGAAAAAGAACAAUUACGACAGAGAUCUGGACUGUAUGUCGGAGGAGAAUCUACUAACAAUAAUACAGUAUUCAUACGUCUGUCCGUUUAAGAACAGAAGGAAUAAUUACUACUGCUUCUACUGCAAGGAUUACUACCCGAAACCUGAGGAUUUGCGUGAGCACACAGUCAGCCACGACACCAAACCGUUCCAACUGUUGAUGGGUUACAAGAAGAUGCCGAAAAUAGACAUCACCAGGAUAGACUGCCGGCUGUGCCCGGCCAAGAUCGAUGACCUGAACGUGUUCAAACAGCACAUAGAUCAAGUGCACGGCAAGAAGAUAUACUUCGAGGCACCGGACAAGAUGCUACUCUACCGUCUGACGUGGAACGACCUCGUGUGUGUGAUGUGUAGUGAUAUAUUCGAGGACUUUAACACACUGAACACACACAUGGUGGAGCACUUCAGUAAUUACACAUGUGAUAUUUGUGGCGUUUGUUUCCUGGAGAAGCCCCGGCUGGACGCUCACCUGAAGAGGCACAAAGACGACGAGAGGCACACCUGCGAGGUCUGUGGGAAGGUGUUCAAGUCGAAUCACUAUAAAGACAUGCACGUGGACGUAGUGCACAAGAAGAAAGCGAUCAUCCGGUGUCCGAGGUGCGACGAGUGCUUCAUGUCAUACGCUUUGAAGAACAAGCAUCUGACUGAAGCCCACGGACAGAAGAGGACGUACCCGUGUAAUUUGUGUGACAAAGUGUACAACAGGCAGAAAACGUUGACUGAACACCAACGCAGGAAUCACCAGAAGGUACUGAAGCACCAGUGCGAAUAUUGUGACCAACGGUUCUACUUGCCUUCGAGGUUGAAGGAGCAUAUGGCGACACACACCGGCGAGAGGAACUUCCGAUGUGAAUACUGUGAUAAGAGUUAUCCAAGACUGAAAUCGCUCCAGUACCAUAUAAGGACUCAUACGAACGACCGUAGAUACAGAUGCCACAUAUGCGGGCAGGCGUUCAUUCAAAAUGCAAGCUUAAAGUCACAUAUUAAGAGUCAUCAUCCCGAGUGCGAUAUAGAGGGAUGUUACUUUUAGUAAUUGUAACCUAUUUGUUUUUUUUUUUAUGGGUGAUAAUGGUAUGGUACACCCGCCUGCGCUAACGGGAUACGCUGGCGGAGCACCAGUGAAGGGUGAUAGAUGAGGAUGAAAACAGGCCAGUUAGCCCAUCAUGAUGAAGUCAUCAGGAAUUAACCAUGAUAGUUUCCAGGGGGAACCGCGAGGAGGUUGACCUGGUUGGGUAUAUUGCUAGCAAUGGGAUUCUCAGCCUCCAUUACUAACAAUCCCUUUCCCCCCAAUUGUAACCUAUUAAAACCCAUAUCACAGUACAUGUAAUAGUAUUAAAGUACAGUAUAGGCACUCCCCGCCGCCCGCUGCGAUCCGACCUCACCCCCUCUUAAACACGCGUCAGUGCCCAAACGUUAUUUUCUCGCGCUAAUCGUAACUACACACACAUAGUCACAUAUACAGACGUUACUUGUUUCUGUAGUUGUGAUAAGCACGGAUCAAGGCGUUUUUGUAUAUGUACAGUGCUCUGUAAAAUCCGUUUACAACAGAAAAAUAAUCGAUAAUUCGAUUGCGGCCACAAAGAAUCGAAUAAUCGAUUAAAGCUAUUAUUAACGACUUAUAAUUCGCUCUGGCUUCAUACGAGUCGAUAGAAAGAUAAUAUAGCAUACUUUACUUCCUGACUGUGGUUUCCCAUAUAUAAAAAAAAUAUGUCAACAUUAAGUUUAUCCAUUAUAAACAAGCAAUAAAAUUUUUCGUCUUUCUAAUUUUAAUGUAGUCGACUAUGUCGUAUAAUCGAUUAUACUAAUCGAUUAUUACAUUAUCUGUGGUCUCAAUCGAAUAAUCUAUUAUUAGGCAAAACUAUAGUGUAUAAGUAACUUAAAUGAAAUGUAUUUGUCAGAAACAUUGUAGAUAAAAUGUUGCAUUUGUCAAGUUGACAAGAUAUCCAUUUUGUUUCGCCACAUCAAAUGGCGUGUAAAUAUUAAGCAUUGAAUUUACAUUGGUUAUUUUACAUAUAUAUUUAAUUUCCAAUUACUACAUUCUGGUUGUUAAUGAAGUAAUAACUAACUUUUGUUUAAAAUUACCACAUGAUUGCUAUUUCUAUGAAAUUAAUAACGAAUCGAAACGAUGAAUCGAUUAUCGAACUAAUCGAUUAUUAUUUGCAUUACUGUUGGACAUGAGCAGUCGGUCUUAUCGUUUUACAGUCGGGCCAAUAAUUCUUAGUUUAAAUUUUCAACAAGUUCAUUGUAACAGUUUGCUCUCUCCGUAUAUGCUUAGAUUUACGUUCGAAAGCGUAUCAAGAUUCAUAUUCCAAUUUUUGGCGUAUUUAUGGUUAUUUUUCAGGAGGGGGGAAGAUUAAAUGGAUGGUAAUGGAAUGAUAACCCCGUGCUAACAGUAUUCGCUGACGGGGCACCAGUGAGGGAUGAUAGGUUCGGAUGUAGACAGGUCAUUUGGUCUGUUCCUAUUAUGAGUCGGAUAACAUUGGGGUCUGUUCUGAGGCGUAAUUACUCUAAUGCUAUCUCGAAAAAUUUCAAUAUGUCACAGCGUAAUCCUUAUUGGAAGGACCAGUUAUGGGCUAAUUUUCAAAUAAAUUUAAAUAGAAAUUAUGAAAAUCUUAGUUUAUUGAUGGUCCACAAAACAGUAGCUCGGCGAAACAUUUCAAUUACAAUGGGCUUAAAGAAAUGGCGUCUCUGAAUCAACCUUAUUGACGAUUUGGCGUUCUAAAUAAAUAAAAUACAGUUUUAUAUAUAUAUAUAAAACUGUAUUUUAUAUAUAUAUAUAUAUAUAUAUAUAUAUAUAUAUAUAUAUAUAAUGUAAGGUCUAGAUAAUCCUGAUUAGUGUAUAAAUGAUGAAAAGUAUUAAUUUAUUUAAUUUUGAUUGCAAUAUUUAUCUAUUGAUCGAUUUUGAUUAAUUAGGUUAAGUAACGUUUCCAUCUUUUGGAUGGGUGAUCAUGUUUGUGCUUCCGGAAGACGUUAAACCUUUACUGUUUUUUUGAGUAACUUCGGAAAGGAGGAAAUUCUCAGUUUUUAUCCACAUUUUGUGCGUUAAGUGAUGCCUUCACCAAUUUUUGUGUCGAUUUUAAUUAUUCUUUUUGUAAUCAACGAUGUUACUAUUGUGCGUAUUGUAAAGCAUAAUGUGGCUUUAGAAUAUAUCGUAGAAUUUUGUCCAAUCGUUUUAAGGAUAUUUUUAUAUUUGUAACGCCAUCUAGUAAGUGCUAUUAUACUACAAUAUUACUUUUGUUACCGCUAGAUGGCGUUGAUAAAUCGAUCACAUACAACACCAAAAUGCAAGGUAAAUCAAAAUAUUUGCGGUGAAUACUUAUAUUAUGACCCUCCUUAGUUCUUCCUUUAGAGUAGAAACUCGAUGCUAAAAAGCAGAUAAUGAAAAAGAAUAUAAUCAAAGCAUUUCAGGCUAAAAUUAAUGGCAGUUUCCUGGGGCAGACUACUACAUAAAUAGAUUCAUAAAGUGUAGCAAAAGUUUGAUGACCCUGGUUUUAUUUUUUAUUUAUUUUUUUAAUUUUUAUUUAUUUAUUAAAUACAAGAAAUUUACAACAGUGAGUACAUUGGAGCCCGCACCAGGCGAACCUGCAUCGCGGGAGUCCAUAUGAGAUUACCAAGACACGGUGAUUUACAAAUAUAAAUUAAAUUAGUGAGCCAGUUUUACGAAAACAACAAGUUAGAAUGAAGUGCUUCGUGAAUACAAUAAUGCGCAUAAAACAGAAAAUUAUAUCAGUACCUUCAAUAUUAUAUAAAUACAUACAAUUAAAUAUAUAAAAGACUUACACGACUAUAUACGAAUAUCAAUCAAUGUUAUGUAACAUCAAUUCUGUGGCAUCGUACUCGAGAUUUUGUAAAUAUCGUUUUUUAGGUUCUUCGAAGAGCGCACAGGUGGAGACCUCGAUGCGAACUGCUUUGCCCCGGCUUCUCUGGAGGUAUUUUUUUUGAUUGGUGAAAAUGGUAUAUAAAAAAAAAUCUCAGCAUGGAUGACGUCACUACGAGCGAGGAUUGCCGUACCAUUGUACAGCAUUCCAGUCGGUGAGACCUCGUUUCACCUGUACACGUGAUAAUUGUACACGCCGAAGUCCAGUCGCGUCGCGUGGCCUCUCACGCGUCCGUCACGAGCCUCUCCGCGCAGCGGACGCAUUUGAUCGGCCUGUGACAAUUUGUAGAGGCGUGGCCGUAAGCCUGAUAGUGGUGGCAUUGUACCAUCUUGUUCGUGGCCUUGCCCCUAUGGUGACUUUCGGUAUCCUCAGCAGUACCUUGGUGCUGAAGAGCUGGGCGGGGUCUUCUUUGGACAGAUGGAGAGGUUGGGCGUAAUAAAGACAGCUAGGUCGCUCCAGGCACGCCGGUAUGGCGCGCAAUAGGGACACCUCGAAGCCUACUGCCUUUAAGCCGGCUGUCACAGCAUUUGUCUGAAUAAUUAAGGGGAGGUCCCAUAUAGCCACCUUUGUAGGCAGCUCCUCUGACAGGCUGUAAAAGUACCAGCUCAAAAUCGACUCAUUAUCACCUAAUCAGAGUUAAGUACCGUUGUACGGUACGGAAUUGCGAUUCACUUUUCGCGAUAAAUUCGAUUUCCGUACCAUACGAUCGGGCAUUGGAGUGUUGUCCGAGCAGUUGCUCCAAUUAGCAUAAAAGAUUCUGCCAGUUGGGCAAACAUUCGGCCGCUAUAUGCGACCACUAUAAGGACUUGCCCUGGUCUGGUGCCGGUGGUUGAGCCCCUCUAAGGUCUGGCACGGCGUCGGUGGACGUAGAUAUCGACGCCGCACAGUGGGAACUCGCCUAAGAAAGCCAUCUCAUAAAUACUUAAAUUUCGUUUGGUAUAAUUUUAUAGUAUCAAAACAAUAGAAGUCAUAUACGAGGUUUGUCCGGAAAGUACGUAUAAAAGUUUUUUAAAAAUUUUAUUUUACAAUUAUUCAGGUAAAUCAAUUUUAUCCCCUUCAAAGUACUCCCCCUGUGACAUAAUGCACUUGUGCCAACGCCGUUUCCACUGUGAGAAGGCUCCUUGAAAGUCCUCUGGUUGUAGGUUUCUCAGCUGCCCCGUCGUAGCUUUUUUUAUCUCAUUUAUGUCCCCCAAAUGCCGCCCCCGAAGUACCAAUUUGGUUUUUGGGAACAAGAAGAAGUCACACGGGGCCAAAUCCGGCGAAUAGGGGGGUGUUCGGUCACCGUAAUGGAAUUUUUACUCAAAAACUCACGGACAACAAGAGAGGUGUGGGCAGGGGCAUUGUCGUGGUGAAGAAUCCAACGCCCCUCUCGCGCCAAUUCUGGACGAACUCGUGCCACACGAGCUUUGAGGCGUCUGAGCACAUCGACGUAGAAUUUUCCAUCAACUGUCUGGCCUGGAGGGACGAAUUCUUGAUGGACAAUCCCCCGAACAUCGAAAAAAACAAUCAACAUUGUCUCGGCCCUCUCAGAAUCUUUUUAGCCACUUGUGGACGGUUGGUUCCUUCACAGCAUCAUCCCCAUAAACUGUUCUGAGAUCGGCAAAAAUUUCACGGCCAUUCUUGCCGAGUUUCGAGAGAAACUUGAUUACGACGCGCUGCUCUUCAACGGAAGCGGGCUCCAUGCCGACGGGGUUUCGUUAAGAGGUAACUUCACAGAUGGCGUGACAAGCCAGUUCGCACCGCACGGCGGUCAGACCAGAACUGAAGCAUUGUUAGGGACAUAAGGAAGGGGUCCUGCGCUUACCUGGCCUCCCCACUCCUCUUUCUCGCAUUCCAGAACACUUUUAUACGAACUUUCCGGACAGACCUCGUAGUGUGAUACCAUUUUAGAAUGCUUAGAAUGUGUACUUUACUAUCAAAUAAAAAUAUAUUUAGUUUAGUACAAUAUUACUUAACCAAAGGUCCAUAUAUCGUUAUAUGUACUAUUUUCUUUUCUCAAACUUUCAGUUGAGGAUUUGACAUUUGCCUGAAAUAUAUUGUAAUUUGAUGGCAAAACAUUUUCACUGCGUAAUAUAUUUAAAUCUAGUAUAAUAUCACGGUGAGAUUAAUUUUUGUCUGUUUUUCUUUAUUUGAGAUUCUCUGUCUGUACACUGUAUAUAUAUAUAUAUAUAUAUAUAUAUAUA